AUGAGCAGAUUCGUUGUCGAACCACAGGCUUACCGCGCCCUCGAAGGCAAGGUCGUCGUCCUCACCGGCGGCGCGAACGGCAUCGGCGCGCAGGCCGUCAAGCUCUUUCUCGCGCGCGAGUGCAAGGUCGUGUUUGGCGACGUGCAGGUUGCUGCUGCGGAGAGCUUCAUCCAGAGCCUUAUCAAGGCCGAUCCGACGGCGGCGGGGAGAGUGGCGUUCGUCAAGACCGACGUCUCGUCUUAUGAUAACAUCCUCGAGCUGUUUGAGACCGCGCGGACAAAGUUCGGGAAGGUCGAUGUUGCCGUGCACAUGGCUGCGUUGACCGAGAUCGGCAACUGGUUCGAGCCGGACACGACGCUGGAGUCGGUGAAGCGGAAGCCGACGACGGUGCUCGUGGACGUGAACAUGCUCGGCACGCUCUACUUUGCGCGCAUCGCGGCCGUGUACUUGAAGCAAGGCGCGACCUCGCUCGAGACCGACGACAAGAGCAUGAUUUUGUUUUCUUCAGUCGCGGGGUUCAAGGAGUCGCCCGGCCUGUUUGUGUACCAGACCACCAAGCACGGCGUGCUCGGGCUCAUGCGCUGCAUGCGCAAGUACCCGCCUAUCAUGAACCACAUCAGAGUCAACUGCGUGUGCCCGUGGAUGACGCUGACCGGUAUGGUGGAUGGAAUCCGCGACCGGUGGGCGGAGGCCAAGUUGCCGGCUAACAAGCCUGAGGAUGUGGCAGCCGUUGUUGUCGACAUGGCGUGCGCAAAGGCGCUCAAGGGAGAGACUAUCUAUGUCGAGGGCGGGCGCGCGUGGGCUAUCGAGGGCAAGCUUGACGAGACCGAGCCGCUUUGGUUGGGUGCCGAGCAGAGCCGGUCGUUGAACGAGGGCCAGGUUGUUCUCGGUGAUUUGCAAAGCGGAGACUCGUGGCGGGCGAGGGCGAGGUUGCCCUGUGUGAGCUCGAGGUAG